AGAGUUUAUAAGUAGUGAAGCAUUCUUCACUUUGCUGAAGUCGUUUGGAAGACAGACAGAUUUUGAACAGAUUCAGCAUCGUGAACAGAGAGAGGACAGUGCACUAUGUCUUGGACUAAUACAAUUCGGACACAAGUUGCAGAUAUUACGGGCCGGACAGAAAGGGACAGGCUUCGCAGACAGGUGGAGGAGAUGCAAGCUGAGCUCCAAACAGUCAAAUCCAGUUUAACACAUGCGCUCACAAUCCUGGAUUCAAAGGAAAUCUCCAACAAUACGCUCAAGGAACAGCUCGCAUCUGUUACAAAGGAGCUUUCUGAGGAGAAAGUAUGGAGUGGGCAACAAGAAAACUUGUACCGCGAGGAAAUAGCCCAACAUAAAUUUGAAAACAAACAAAUGAAUGACAGGUACAAGAAAUUACAGGACGAGUUAGAGGCUGCAGAGAAAGAGCUUAAGAGCAUGGAAGAUGAAUACGGCGAAAUGGUACCGCUGUUUGAAGAAGUUCUGGAAAAAUUCUCUGCAGAACGACAGAGAAAUGCUGAACUAGAGGAGGAGCUGAAGCAGAAAGACCUCCAGCUGCAAAGUGUCCGUGAACAAUUAGAAGAGGUCAAACAGGCUUCACCUAGCCCAGGUGAGGAUGCAGAGGAGCAGCCUCCUGCUUCAGAUGAAGCAGAUGUGGACCGGUCCACAGAAGAGACAGCAGAGGAGCAGUCUUCUGCUUCAGAUGAAACAGAUGUGGACCGGUCCACAUCUGUUUCACCAAUCACAGAAGAGACAGCAGAGGAGCAGUCUUCUGCUUCUGAUGACAUCGAAGCAGAUGUGGACCGGUCCACAUCUGCUUCACCAAUCACAGAAGAGACAGCAGAGGAGCAGUCUUCUGCUUCAGAUGACAUCCAAACAGAAACUGACGAGAGACGCCCCCCGUCCAUUGCACCUGAACCGGAUUUGGACCAGCACCUACCUGUUGUCAGCCAAGGUCAGAGCACUGAGGCCAGCACCAGGGCAGUGCGGGCUGCUCAAACGAUGAGGAAGUUCUGGAAAAGGGUUCGAGACUUUUUCUUCAGAAAAAGAAACAAGAAAAAACACGAGUCAGAACCGAACACCAACAGGGACAACACGACCCUGACAGAACAGUGAGUAGACAUUCAUAUGUUUGGGUUUCCUCCGAGUGCUUCGGUUUUCCCAGAAAUCUGUAAAGAAAAAAAAACACCUGAAAUAAUAAGUCAUGAUAUAUGAAAUGUCUCAUUCAUGGGUUUCCUCCGAGUGCUUCGGUUUUUCCCAUAAAUCUGAAAAAAAAAAAACUAUAAAAUUGAAAA